AUGGUUACGAAGACCUGGUCCGAAGUGCUGCAGCUGAAGAGGUGCAAAGCUUGCGACACGAAAUGGGUCACACAGCGAAUGUGCUUGCGCUGGCCCUUCUCUACAGUGAGCGCUUGGAAGAAGCGCGGAAGGAGUUGGAGUACGCGAAGGGCUCGGGGUUCCCUGAUGUGCAGCAGACCGCCGAGGAGCUGA